AUGCAUCAUCUUGGGAGACGUUCCGCAGUUGCUGUCCGGCGUGCAACACCCGUCCUCGCGAGGGGUGCGCACAAGGAGAUAAAAUUUUCUCAUGAAGGUCGUGCCGCUAUGCUCAACGGCAUUGAUGUGCUGUCUAAGGCAGUUAGUGUUACACUUGGCCCUAAAGGUCGCAGUGUCAUCAUUGAGCAGCCUUAUGGUGGACCAAAAAUCACGAAGGAUGGAGUAACUGUAGCAAAGUCCAUUCAACUGAAGGAUAAAUUUGAGAACCUGGGGGCAAAACUGGUGAUUGACGUUGCAAACAAGACAAAUGACAUUGCUGGUGAUGGAACUACGACUGCGACCGUCCUUGCCCGAGCCAUCUACUCUGAGGGCAUCAAGAAUGUCGCCGCCGGGUGCAAUCCUAUGGAUUUACGGCGGGGGUCCCAAAAAGCUGUUGACCAAGUCAUUUCCUUCUUGGAAACUAACAAGCGUGUCAUCACAACUAGUGAUCAGAUAGCUCAGGUUGCAACCAUUUCGGCUAAUGGGGACAAACAUAUUGGCCAAUUGAUUGCUACUGCAAUGGAAAAAGUUGGAAAGGAGGGUGUCAUAACUGUCAAGGAAGGGAAGACGAUCGAGGACGAGAUUGAAAUUACGGAGGGCAUGCGUUUCGACCGUGGCUACAUCUCACCGUACUUCAUCACCGAUGUCAAAUCCCAGAAGUGCGAAUUUGAGAAGCCAUUGGUUCUCCUGUCAGAAAAGAAGAUUUCUGCGCUCCAAGACAUUCUUCCCUCUCUUGAGAUCGCUGCCCAACAGCGCCGUCCCCUUCUCAUUAUUGCUGAAGAUAUCGAUGGCGAGGCACUUGCCGCUUGUAUUCUCAACAAGCUUCGCGGUCAACUUCAGGUUUGUGCCGUCAAGGCGCCCGGCUUCGGCGACAACCGUAAAUCUAUCCUUGGUGAUUUGGCCAUCCUCACUGGUGGAACUGUCUUCUCAGACGAGCUCGACAUCAAGCUCGACAAGGCUUCACCGGAGUACCUCGGCAGCAGCGGCUCCGUCAUCAUCACCAAAGAAGACACCAUCUUCCUUAACGGUGAUGGUGGUAAGGAUGCUGUCACUGCCCGCUGUGAGCAGAUUCGUUCCGUGCUCAAUGAUCCUACAACCAGCGACUAUGAUAAGACUAAGUUGCAGGAACGUCUUGCCAAGCUGAGCGGUGGCGUUGCCGUCCUUAAGGUUGGCGGUGCUUCCGAGGUUGAGGUUGGAGAGAAGAAGGAUCGUUAUGACGAUGCUUUGAACGCAACCCGCGCAGCCGUCGAGGAGGGCAUCGUCCCUGGUGGUGGCGUUGCAUUACUCAGCACCAUCGGAGCUCAGGUCCGAAAGCCAACGUCUUCUGGUUGUUUUCUGUUAAGAGCUUCUCUAUCUCUCAAAGACAUCAAAACGGACAACUUCGACCAACAGUUGGGAGUUUCAAUUAUCCGAGAGGCGUUAUCUCGUCCGAUGCGUGUCAUUGUUGAGAAUGCUGGGAAAGAAGGCGGCGUCGUCAUCGGUCAAUUACUGGAGAAACACGCCAGUGACUUUACAAUCGGUUAUGAUGCUGCAGAGGACAAGAUCGUGAACAUGUUUGAUGCCGGUAUCAUUGAUCCUUUAAAAGUUGUCCGCACUGGUUUGGUGGAUGCCAGUGGUGUGGCUAGCUUGCUAACUACGUCGGAGGCAUGCAUCGUGGAGGCACCUGAAGAAAAGGCUCCUGUAGGUGGCGGCGCUCCAGGGAUGGGAGGAGGAAUGGGUGGCAUGUUUUGA